AUGACCGUUAGCUUCACUCUGAGGGCCACCAGACCUGUUAUUAAUUGUAUUGGACGACGAGUCUUUGAGCAAAGCAAAUUGCCGAGACGUUGCCUACAGGCAGGAAAGUUACCAAGUAACUCGAACAAAGUUAGAAUUGUAGAAGUUGGCCCGCGUGACGGUCUUCAAAAUGAGAAAAAGCUUGUUCCGACAGAAAUCAAAGUUGAAUUCGUCAACAGAUUAUCAAAGACUGGACUUACAGCGAUCGAAACUACAUCAUUCGUAUCUCCCAAGUGGGUGCCUCAGAUGUCUGACGCGAACGAGGUAAUGGCGCAAAUAACGCGCGUUCCGGGUAUUUAUUACUCGGCAUUAACACCAAAUAUCAAAGGACUUGAGAAUGCCAUUGCUGCAAACGUAGAAGAAGUGGCCAUAUUUGGCGCUGCAUCAGAAACGUUUAGUAAAAAGAACAUCAAUUGCUCGAUAGAUGAGAGCUUACAACGUUUUGAACAAGUGAUCAAGAAAGCCAACGAGAAUGGUAUUCGAGUGAGAGGUUACAUAAGCUGCGUUCUUGGAUGCCCAUAUGAGGGUGAAGUAGCGCCCGAGGCUGUCGCUGAUACCGCCGAGAAGAUGUACAAGAUGGGAUGUUAUGAGGUUUCACUCGCUGAUACUAUUGGAGUUGGAACACCCGGUUCAAUGGCAAAAAUGCUUGAAUCGGUCAUGAAGGUAGUUCCGCCCGACAAACUGGCGAUACACUGUCAUGACACGUACGGCCAAGCCCUUGCAAACAUUUUCUGUGCGUUACAAUUUGGAAUACGAGUUGUGGAUUGCUCGGUUGCCGGUCUUGGCGGUUGUCCUUUUGCUAAAGGUGCUACUGGAAACGUGGCAACUGAAGACGUGCUUUACAUGCUUGAUAAAUCGGGUUAUGAGACGGGAGUUGAUCUUGCCAAAAUGGUGGACACUGGAAAUUAUAUUAGCAAUUUUCUCCAAAGAUCUAAUGGGUCCAGGGUCGCGGUGGCGCUGAGCGCGAACAAGUCGUAA